AUGAUAGAUCCACCUUUAUUUUAUGACACACUAUCCGCAUCAGAUCAAAUUGAAUACUCUAAAUUGCGAGAAAAACUCAGUAGUUCCUCACUUAGACAUAAAAGAAACGUAAGUGUAAAAUUAUUCACUGAUUUACUCGAAGUUAUCAAAUUUUUCUGUGUCAAAAAUACAGAGGCUGACGAAAAAAGAUAUCUCGUAUGUGGAAUUUGUUGGUUAGACGAUAGUAAUAUUGCAAUUAAUACAAAUCAAUUGAAAGCAUUAUUUGGCGUAUCGAAAUCAAUGAUUAAUAACAGCUUCAAGAGCAUGGGUUUCGAAAAUGAGCAAAAAUUCAUUUCAACAAAUCAAAAAUUAUUUAAAUUCAUUCCUCUUCUUAAAAGCCAGCCACUUACCGCUAAAAAAUGGACUGUAAGGCAUAAAGAGAAAGAAGGUUGCUGUGGACAUUGCGGUACAAGCGAAUGUACUUGUAACCAUGAUGAAUCCUCCUCUAAAAAACAUUCCUGCUGUUGUAGCGGUAUUGGAGCGAACUUCUCUUGUCCUUGUUGUCAUCCACUUUUUGGAUGCACUUGUGGUGUUGUUUCUCCCGCUGAUUUAAUCAACCCUGACGGAACAAUCAUCCAUAAAGAGUGUAACUGCAAAUUCCCAGAUGAUUCAUACGAAAUGGAUGUCUCCACUUGUAAAUGUGUUCAUCCUGUCUGGACAACACCAAAUUGUCCAUUACUUAACUAA